GUCCUUUUCUGCUUCAAAUUAUUUGUCAAGAUCAGUUUAAACAUACUGACCCACUUCUAUGUGGUUAAAGGAAACCGUAAGGAGGCGGCCCGGAUCGCAGCUGAGUUCUAUGAUUUUGGCCAAGGGCACAGGUGUGAAAGAGAAAGCUUCUGCAGCAUGGCCCAUCUUUGUAACACUGAGAAAAUGGGGUCAGCGUGUUCUUAUCUAACAGUUAAGGAAAAUUAUUUUUAAAUGACUGUGUUGACUGGAUACAAUGUUGAAAAAGCAAUAGCCAUUUAAUCAUUCUGGAAUGACAUUGUUUGGUGCAAUGCACUAUACAGUAAUGCAUCUAUCAUAUUUAUUAAUGAAUCUGUGUAAUUUUACUGUCUAAAGUCUAAAGAAAAAUGUAGAGAUUUUGUAUGUGGAAAUUAUUCUCUCUGUAUGAUUUUAAUCCUUUUUUUUUCUUCUCUAUUUUGCCCUAUGUUAUUCCUUACCAUGUCCUAAUAACAUGCACAUUUACCUGAUGUGAAAUGCUAAACAAGUUACUGCGAUGAAUGCUUGAAUUAUCAGUUAUAAACCGCAACCUGCUUGGCUUCUGACAACAACAGACAAAGCAACAGACAAACUGAAAUGUUUGACUAUAUGACGCAAAAGGACGUGCGACGUAACAUUAAAAUAAUUAAAAACUGUCACAAAUUCUACAACAGGCCUACAACGAUUUCUGAGAAAUGUUAAGGUUGUACAAUUGGAAAAGCCAUUUGGAAUCUGAUUCUAGCCUGUUACUAGCUACAGAAUAAUAGUGACAGCGUUCUAAUCUUAACCUGAGAUAUAAAUAGUUUUACUAACACGGAUUUGGUAUUAUGGUGAAGAUUUAUCUCAUGAAUAUAAAGUACGUUGCGUCACGGGCGCCCAGUUGGCGUAAUCGCGGUAAGUGGGCGUUUAUUUUCCCCCUAAGCUCUGCUUAUGAAUAUUAAUUACGUUACGUGACCAGAAGCUACGUCAAUGUAACCUUAUUAAUAUUCAUAAGUUAGCCAACACGACUCUACUGAGAUCUGAAACAACAACAAGCCGAGCAGCCAAUCAAAAAGAGGCGCUAGUCACAGUUGCUCUACCCCAUGCAAAAGGAGGACAGAGCUGAUGCAAACAUGCCUGAAGUUCCCUGCAGAGAAGCCGAGUACUCAGAUAAUACUCCCAAGAAAAGAAAGCGAGAGGACGUCGACGAUUUUUCUGAGAAAAAGAAAUCGCGCUGGGGUAUUUUGAUUAGUCAAGGCUAUGGCGUAUUCGUAUCAAUGGAUAGAUGUGCCGUGGGGAGACGGAGACCUGGACUGCGGGGACCCAAGGAGGUUGCAGGGAAGUGUUUGGGGAUCUAUGGAACAUUUGAGGAAUUUCGGAAUAUUGAUGGUUCAUGGGCGGAUCGUUCUCCACUACAUGAAGCUGCAUGUCAGGGUCGACUUCUGGCGCUCAAGACUCUUCUCUCACAGGGUUACAGUGCAAAUAUCAUCACUAUUGAUCAUGUGACUCCACUGCAUGAAGCUUGUCUCGGAGAUCACGUAGCAUGUGCCAGGGCUCUCAUAGAAGCUGGUGCCAAUGUGAAUGCAACUACCAUUGAUGGCGUGACCCCGCUGUUUAACGCCUGCUCAACAGGAAGUGUCACUUGCACAGAGGUGCUUUUGGAACAUGGAGCAAAACCACAGGCAGAAGAGUGCCAGCCUUCACCGAUUCAUGAGGCCUCCAGCAAAGGCCGAGCAGCAUGUAUAGAGUCUCUCAUCUCGUGGGGAGCAGAUGUAGAUUAUGACAUCCCUCAUCUAGGAACACCUCUCUACAUUGCCUGUGUCUCCCAGCAGCUCCAGUGUACACGGAAACUUCUGGAUGGAGGAGCAAAUGUGCAGAAGGGCCGUUUCCUGGACACACCACUGCAUGCUGCCACACAGAAGGACUGUCCAGAAAUCAUCAGUGUGCUACUAGACUUUGGCGCUAACAUCAACGCUCGCAACCUGGAACUACAAAGGCCGAUAGAAACAGCGCCACCCAGCAGUGCAGCAGAGGCAGUGCUUCUUCUUUACGAGGCCAUGCCACGGUCUCUCUGUCAGCUGUGUAGACUGAGUAUCCGAAACUACAUGGGCCGACCCAGACUGCAUCUGAUUCCACACCUCAAACUGCCUACUCUGCUCAAGGGUUUCCUCCAGUAUAGAUAGGUUCUGUACCUCAAACUAUAAAGCCCCUUCUGCUUUUAUUUUCUUAUAUUAAGUGCAUUAAUACACAAAAAGGGCACUCAGUCUUGUAUGUGACCACAACGCACAAAAAGCAUUACUUCUUCUGUUAAAACUUUUUUUUGAAUUGAUAUAUUUUUUGUGCAACCAGUAUCAGUUAUAUUUUUUUAUAGAAUAUCUUAACAAGAGUCAUGUAAAUUAGUCAUUUUUAACCUGCACAUUCUCAGCUUAGCAGUAUAAGCUGCAUGCCUAAUAUUAUACACAUUUAUCACGUCAGGAUAAAAUUAUUGAAGUGCAUGUCAGUAUAGUGAAUUUUAUAUUUUUAUCAAAGUAAUCUAAAAACAAACAAAAAGAAGUGUCAAAAGCUCAACUCAACUUUUCACUAAAUCCUUAAUUUCACAGUUUCCCGAGUUAAUUGCAUCAUGAACUGUUUUGAAAAUUAAAUGGAAAACCACUGGAAAGAUUCAAUCUAAUACUGUACUUUGGCAAAAAAAUUUGUUGCUAAAACAAAGCAUGAUACACACAGUAACUUGCAUAGAAAUAAAUAAUAGGAUGUGAAAUUU